AUGGCAGAUUAAUCACUUAAAGGAACUAAUUGGGGCAGAGUCAAUAUAGAUGAUAAGAAUUUGAGUUUAUCUCAUCUCACUCAAAAUGUCAUUAAAUUCCCUCUCAAGAGAAUUACAAAUUCCAAUAUUCAAAAGAAUGAUAUCGUACUACAAUUAAGUACUGAUGAAUGUGCAGAAAAUGAAGACAUGUUAUGUGAAGUCAGAUUUUAUAUUCCUCCGAAAGAACAAAAAGCUGAAAAAAAGAAAUAGGAAUCAAAUGAAGAAGAAUAAGAUGAAAUCUCAUACCUAUAACAAGUUUAGAAUCACAUUGUCAAAAAAGCAAAAAUUGGAGGCAGCAGCGAUUCCAUACUUACCAUUCACGAAGUCCCAUUAAUAGUUCCCAGGGGAAAAUAUACAAUGGAUUUCUUUAAAAAAGACAUUCGCUUUCAUGGCAACACCUAUCAAUUCACUACCGAUUAUAAGAGUAUAACCAGAUUCUUCUUGCUUCCAAUGCCAGAUGAAGUCAAUCUUUCCUUAGUUGUUGGUCUUGAAAAUCCCAUUAAGCAAGGUCAAACUGCUUAUAAUUACAUUGUGAUGCAGUUUAGGAAGGACUUGGAAGCCUAAAUUGAGAUGAAGUACACAAGAGAGCAAUUAGACAAUAUUGGAUGGAAAGGCAUUCGAUUAGAAUACUCAGGUUCCAUGUUUGAUAUAGUAUGCGAUAUUCUCUCAGAAAUCACAGGAAUCAAAGUAGUAUCACCUAAGAAUUUCAAAUGCAAGAAUGGUUUAUUUUGUCUGAGAUGUUCAGUCGUGCCUCAUUCAGGAUUCCUAUUCCCAUUAGAAAAAUCCCUGCUUUACAUCUAGAAACCAGUAAUCUACAUUAAACAUGACGAUAUUAAGGAGAUUAUAUUUCAAAGAAUCACACAGACAACUCAGAAUAAAUUCUUUGAUAUUAAAAUUGUCACCAAGAAUGCAUCUCAUUUAUUCUCUACAGUAGAUAGAGAAGAGUUGGAUAACCUAUCAUAAUACUUUAAUUCCAAGAAAUUACAAGUGAAAAAAAUACAAGAAGAAAAUGAAGGAAUCAAGAAUGGCAAGGAUGACAGUGAGGAUGGCAGUUAAAAUGGAAAUGAUCAUAAACUCACUUUGUCUUAGAUGGAUUCUGAUGAAGAUGAUGAAGACUUUUAAGCAUAAGAAGAUUCUUAUAAUAGUGUCCAAUUUUAACAAAAAGUUUAAAAAACAAGAGCUGUUAAAAAAUGA